CAAAACCUUUAUAACUCUUCUCUUCUCUUCUCCCCUCCACCCACCCACUUUCCCUUCCCCUCUCCAUUAAUACCAGCCCUGCCCUUCCUUUCUUCUUUUCCCUCUCUUUCCCCGUUUCUAGCCAUUAGAGAUAGAGAGAGUUAUUUCCACCUCCCCGCUCACAGAACACACAGGGAGGGAGAAAGAAAGAGAAAGAAAGAGAGUCAUUUUCCAGCCUGCAGCUUGGGGCGGGGAAUCUGUGUGGGUUUUUGGUGCUUGCUUUGCUUUGCUGAGAGAGAGAGGGAAAGCUGUUUCUUUUUUACCAGUAAUGGUGCGGUGGCCGUAGCAGAGUGGCCUGUUUUUGGUUGUGGUGUCUGAGAUGCGCUGAAUACAUACUAGUAUUGUGAAUGUGGGUGGCCGGAAGUAGAAAUAGAAUGGCCGGUCGGUUUUCGGUUAAUAAUAAUAAUAAUGAUGAUGAUCCCAGCUGCAGCAGCAGAAAGAGAGGAGGAUUCAUAUCAGGAUUACAACAAGGAGAUGGAGAAAGAUCAGGGCUUCCAUUAACUUCCUUUACUACCACUACUUCUUCUCUUAACCACCUUCUUCUUCUGCUUCUUCUUCUUCUUCCACUCUAUCUUGCUUUGGCUACACCAACAGCGGCUGGGUUGACUAAUUCCUCCUCAUCACCGGAUUACAGCAGACAAGUCAGCAGUUUGAGGCUCCACAGAAUCCACAGGCAUUUGAACAGGAUCAACAAGCCCCCUCUCCUCACCAUUCAGAGCCCAGAUGGGGAUAUCAUUGACUGUGUUCAUAACAAGAAACAGCCUGCUUUCGACCAUCCCCUCCUCAGCAACCACAGGAUCCAGCGAGCGCCAUCGCAAAUGCCCAAGGUGAAAAAGGUGGCACCGGAGAAGGACCAAAAAGCAGGGGACGGGAAGACUGAGGCGGCGGCGGAGGAGGAGAAUAAGUCGGCAGUGGAAGUUGAAUGGCAAAUGUGGCACCGGAACGGGACGCGCUGCCCCAAGGGCACCGUACCCGUGCGGCGGAGCUCGGUGGAGGAUGUGCUGAGAGCCAAGUCUUUGUUUGACUUUGGGAAGAAGCAGCGGCGGUCCCGCUUCCCCGUCCACCUCUCCCGCCGCCCCGACGCCCCCGACGUCGUCAGCGGCAACGGCCACGAGCAUGCGAUCGCGUACACGGGAGCAUCGACGGAGGUGUAUGGAGCGAAGGCGACGAUCAACGUGUGGGACCCAUCCAUCCAAGUGGUGAACGAGUUCAGCCUCUCCCAGAUCUGGGUUCUCUCCGGAUCAUUCGACGGUUCCGAUCUCAACAGCAUCGAAGCCGGGUGGCAGGUACUUCCUUCCAUUUCCUGUCCCCGCACGCACCCUAUCAUUUCUCCAGAAAUUAGCGACUCCUAUCAAGCCACAGGAUGCUACAAUCUGCUAUGCUCAGGAUUCGUGCAAACCAACAGCAGGAUCGCCAUUGGAGCCGCCAUCUCUCCCGUCUCUUCCUUUACCGGCAGCCAAUACGACAUCACCAUCCUCAUUUGGAAGGACCCAAAACUGGGGAACUGGUGGAUGAGCUUCGGGGACACCACACUGGUAGGCUACUGGCCCGCGGAGCUGUUCACCCACUUGGCCCAACACGCCACCAUGGUGGAGUGGGGCGGCGAGGUGGUCAACUCGCGGGCCAACGGCCAGCACACGUCCACCCAAAUGGGCUCGGGCCGCUUCGCCACGGACGGGUUCGGGAAGGCCAGCUACUUCAGGAACCUGGAGAUCGUGGACUCCGACAACAGCCUCAGCUCGGCCCAAGACAUCUACACGUUGGCCGAGAACACCAACUGCUACGACAUCAAGAGCAGCUACAGCAACGAGUGGGGCACCCACUUCUACUACGGCGGGCCCGGCCGGAACCCGGCCUGCCAAUGACGUCUUCGCCACCGCCACCGCCGGCGCCAAGUUAUUAAAUUCUUUAAUUAUGUGACGGAAAUGGAUUGCGCUAAUUGAUUUUUUUUCUUCCUCAUCAUCGGUCUUUGUGUUACUCUCGUCAUUUUGUUUGAUCAGAAUUUUUUUUUGGGUAAUCGUUGUGGAGGGGGAGGAUAUAUAUAUAUAGGUAAGUGCAGAUGGUGUAUUUUGAUCAAAUAACUGUUCAAAGCAGUGACUAGCUAGGGUUAAAAAUGGCUCUCAAGAAAGAAAGCCAUGGGUUUUGGGGGGUAUUGGGACAGACUAGAUGUUUAAUGAGACAAAUUGUACUAAAAGUUUUUGUCUAUCUCUUUCGUCAAUUGUUAAAAAGCAG